AUGUCUCCCGAGCCCGACCCCUCGAGUGAGGCUUCAGACGAACGAAAGGUGGUCGUGCUAUUCAAAGCCACCGGUGACGCGCCGAUAUUGAGACGAAACGUGGUGAAAAUCCGAGCGAGCGCGAAAUUCGAAGAGAUUCUCGCGCACCUGACGAAAUCGACGCGGUGCGAGCGGGCGUUCGCGUACUUGGGAGCGGCGUUCGCGCCGAGGUACGACGCCACGAUAGGGGCGCUGUGUGACGGGUACGGGGAGCGGAACGAUGAGGGCGGGAAGUUGGUGGUGUUUUACUCGACGACGCCGGCGUGGGGGUGA